CGCUCCUCCCGCUUGCCGUUAGGGAGGCUCUGCGCCUCAGCUGCCGCCACCGUCGCCGCUCCCGCCCCCUCUCCCGCGCCUCCGCCGCCGCCACCGCCGGGGACAUCCGGGGGUUGCUUAUCGGGCUGGCCCCGUGCCUCAGCCGCCGCUUUAGACCCUCGCCAGCGGCCGUCUUCGGAAGAGGCUUGCCGGCCGCGGACGCGCUCGAGGCCUCAGUUCUCGUCCUCCUCCCGUCCCCGCGGGUCCUGGAGAAGCGGCCGCGGCCGGGGAACGGGGCGUCGCGGUUCCAACGAUUAAUUGCUGAAGUACUGAUCGAAUUCUGCGUUUCUUCAAUGAGGAACUACAGGCUGAUCUUCUGCCAUAAUCUCAAACAGCCAUAAAUGACAAAAGAAUGCUUGCUCAGUGAGGAUAGCUGGUGCAGAAUUCGUUUUUUAAACUUAGGUGUUUAAGUACUCAAAGAAAAGACAGCUUUGAUUUCUGGCUGCAAAAAAGAUAUGAGGAAGAGCUCCUCCCCUUCCUUGAGUAACUGCAACUCCGUUCUUGCUAACAAAAUAUUUGGAAUUCCACUUGAUGAGCUGCAGCAGGGAGGACAUCCAGACAAUGAGGUUCCAUUCAUAGUCCGCCACGUUGUGGACUAUAUUGAGGAACAUGGAGGUCUGGAGCAACAAGGACUUUUUCAAGUCAAUGGAAAUGCUGAGACAGUGGAGUGGCUUCGGCAGAGAUACGACAGUGGAGAAGAAGUGGAUUUGGUUAAGGAAGCAGAUGUUCCCUCAGCUAUUAGUCUUCUUAGGUUUUUCCUUCAAGAACUUCCUGAACCUGUUAUCCCUGGCAGUUUGCAUAUUCACUUGAUGCAGCUUUCUCAAGAUUAUAAUAACGAAGAUGAAUUUGGAAGAAAGUUGAGGUUCCUCUUGCAACAGCUUCCACCUGUUAAUUACAGCUUGUUAAAGUUUCUGUGUAGAUUUUUAGCCAAUGUAGCAUCACAUCAUGAAGAAAUUUGGUCUGCAAACUCUUUGGCUGCUGUCUUUGGUCCAGAUGUCUUCCACAUUUACACAGAUGUGGAAGAUCUGAAAGAGCAAGAAAUAGUGAGCAGGAUAAUGGCUGGACUUCUGGAAAAUUACUAUGAGUUUUUUGAAAAUGAAGAAGAAGACUUUUCAUCUAAUGAUUUGAGUUCAAUUACUGAACAGGUUAAUGAACUUUCUGAGGAAGAAGAGGAAGAUGAAAAGCUGGAACAUAUAGAAGAACUUCCAGAAGAAGGAGCAGAAAAAUCAAAUGACAUGCCAGAGGUGGUACAAUUAAGGAUGACUGAAAACAUCCUGGAAGCAAAUAGUGUUACAGCAUCAACAAGCAUUUUAGACAGAACAAUUAGAACAACUGUGGAACAGCACCUUUUUGAUCUGCAGAGCAGCAUAGAUCAGGAUCUUAAUUUACAACAGCAAAGUCUGGUGUGUAAUAAUGAAGCAGGAAGUAUUAAUUGUGAUGGGGAAGGAUCUAAUAACCAGGUUGAUAUUGCUGAUGAUAUUAUUAAUGCCAGUGAAAGAAGCAGAGACUGCUCAGAACCUGUGGCCAGCACUAAUUUAGACAAUGAAGUUAUGCAGCAAGAUUUUGUAUUCGAUGAUGAAGAAAAUAACCAGUCUGUAGGUAUACUGUUAGAGCCAUGUGGUGACCAUGGUGAUAGUGAAGAUGGCUGUCUUGAGAGGAAAGAAUAUUUGUCAUUUGACAGUGAUAAAUUGUCGCACUUAAUUCUGGACUCUUGUACCAAGAUGUGUGAUUUGAAUGCCAACACUGAAUCAGAAGUGCCAGCAGAUCAAAGUGGUGUUCAAGGAGAAGCAGCAUGUGUCCAAAUUCCACAUUUAGAUCUGAAGAAUAUUUCUGAUGGUGAUAAAUGGGAAGCAUCAUGCCCUAUCACUUUCCCCAUCAUUGAUUUCAAAACAAUGCAUCUGCAGAGAGAUGGGGAGGAGCCAUUUCCUGCUUUUAAGUCUUGGCAGGAAGACUCUGAGUCUGGGGAGGCUCAACUCUCUCCACAAGCUGGAAGAAUGAAUCAUCACCCCCUGGAAGAGGACUGUCCUCCAGUAUUAUCACACCGUAGUUUAGAUUUUGGGCAAAGCCAGCGUUUCUUACAUGAUCCAGAGACAUUGACUUCCUCAUCUAAAGCACUGUCUUUUGCUAGGAUUCGAAGAUCAUCCUUUAGUUCAAAAGAUGAAAAAAGAGAAGACAGAACACCAUAUCAGUUGGUCAAGAAACUUCAGAAAAAAAUCAGACAAUUUGAAGAACAGUUUGAAAGGGAAAGAAAUAGCAAGCCUUCUUACAGUGAUAUUGCAGCUAACCCAAAGGUAUUAAAAUGGAUGACAGAGCUUACCAAACUGCGGAAGCAAAUUAAAGACGCAAAACACAGAAGCUCUGAUGGAGAAUUGUUACCUCAGACACGUCCACGUAGUAACACUCUUCCAAAAAGCUUUGGCUCUUCUCUAGACCAUGAGGAUGAAGAGAAUGAAGAUGAAUCCAGGGUCAUUCAUAAGGAGAAGAAGCCAUCUAAGGAAGCAACACUGGAACUUAUUCUGAAAAGACUGAAGGAAAAACGUGUUGAGAGGUGUCUUCCAGAAGAUAUCAAAAAAAUGACAAAAGAUCAUUUGGUAGAAGAGAAAACUUCGCUCCAGAAAAGUCUUCUUUACUAUGAAAGUCAACAUGGAAGGCCGGUGACCAGGGAAGAAAGGCACAUUGUUAAACCUCUCUAUGAUAGAUACAGACUUGUAAAACAGAUGUUGACAAGAGCUAGCAUCACUCCUAUCCUUGGAUCUCCAUCCACCAAGCGAAGGGGUCAGAUGUUACAGCCAAUCAUAGAAGGAGAAACUGCACAUUUUUUUGAAGAAAUCAAGGAAGAAGAAGAAGAAGGUGUUAGUCUGUCCUCUGAGUUAACUGAUAUAUUGCAAACUGCUGUACAGGCACAGUCUUCAUUAGAAAACUCAGAAUCUGAUGUGGAGGAAAAUCAAGAAAAACUGGCUCUGGAUCUCCGAUUGUCAAGUACUCGAGCAGCAUCUAUGCCUGAAUUACUGGAACAACUUUGGAAAGCCAGAGCUGAAAAAAAGAAACUACGUAAAACAUUACGGGAAUUUGAAGAAGCAUUUUAUCAACAAAAUGGAAGGAAUGCCCAGAAAGAGGAUCGUGUUCCAGUACUUGAGGAGUACAGGGAGUACAAGAAAAUUAAAGCCAAGCUUAGGCUUCUUGAAGUUCUUAUCAGCAAGCAAGAUUCUUCAAAAUCCAUAUAAAAAUGCUUGAAACAUCAUAAAAUCAGUUGUAUUCCCUAAAAUUAUCAUCGUGUGUACUUGGCUGGUACUUUUUGUCAGGCACUCAGAAUCUCAUUUUGUAAUUUGGUUGUGGUGCCACUAGAGAAAUGAUGGGGGGAGGGUAAGUAGACCCUCUCUAGGGAGCACAAUGUUCCAUAUUAACCACAGACUGUUCUCUCCACCUUUAACAAACAUCCCGUUUUCUUCAUUGUUUUGUACUACAGAUACAUCCUAUUAGAAAAGACUAGUAUUUUAUCCUUUCAACCUCAAGGACUUUGGAAGUACAAGCUUUUUGUUACUACCAACUUCAUUGUUUUUUUCAUUACGGAAGAAAAUUAAGAGGAAAAUCUUCACAUUGAAUUCUUUGGUUGCCUUUUUCUUACACAAUGACUGAAAAUUUGAAAGAAAAGCAUAUAAAUGUGCACAUAUGCUCCAUGUUCUAUGUUUUCUUCGAAAACUAAAAUCAACUGAAAUUUCAAGUCCUACUGUGGAACACAUUUCUGUUUAAUUCCCAAAGCAACACUUUUUCACAGGUAGUAUGUUAACAAAAUUUUGCAGUUCAGUGGUCACACAGCUCCUGGAUCAAGAUAAGAGAGGUUAGACCAAAAAGUGACCUUGCUUAUUCGUAUAGUGAAAACACAGAACUGAAUCAUACCACAUGCUGCCUAUGGGACUUAAAUUACUAUUUGUUUUCUCAGCUACUGUUCAUCAACUGGUGAUGAUGUGAUUUGUCUGGAUCAGAUCCUCCAUAUUUUCUCCCCACUGACCUCCAGAUAAUAUGAGUAAAGAGCCAUGUCAGUAUGUAGGAACUCGGAUGGUACUCAGAUUUGUGAUUUCAAUUAAAUAGGCCGAAAUUGGCAAAAGAAUCAUUAUGCCUGAAGUAAAUCUGUUCUUAACAAGGGCUAUACCACUGCAUUUUUACAUGUACCUUUAGGAGGUUGCAUCCUUUUUUUCUCUUAAUCAGCAAAAUCCAUAAAGAAAACAUCUUUUAAAGGGACCACUUUUUGCUCAGUCACAUGGUGUUUAAAGCGCUGGUCACAAGAUAUGUAGUGGUGUGCCCCUUGUUAUAUACUCUAAGUAUAUCUUGUUUUCUUUGGCUUUGCAUGGCUUUUUCUUUGAGUACUCACGAGGUAUGAUUCUGCUAAUCAUUUUCACAGAACGGUGACUUUAUUUGUGUUAACAAUGUAACUGUCAUUAAUAGCAUAUUCUGGUCAGGCUCAAUCCAAGUGUUCAUUUUUUUCCGGUGCUUUUUUGGAAUGAUGAGUGUUUUACUUUGAUUGUGCCCAUGUUUUGCAUGUAAUGACUCGUGCUUGGUUUUCUUAACUAGUUAAUAUUAACAAUUUGUUCCAUACAAAAAUGGACUUUUGCAACAUCCUUUAAUAAGAUGAGGAAGCAUGAACCUCAGUCUUCUGGCACUAUUGCAUAGUAAGCCCAUGAAGUAGCUUGAUAAUAAGUAGUAUUUCUAGUGCUUCAUAUUUCACCUGUGUGUGCAAUGUCUUUUUUGCAGGGAGGGAAUAUUCAUUGGUAGUGAACAUGUAGUUAAGGAGUACAGCACUAAAUUCUGCCCUUUGCAUGUCCUUUCUUUUGAUGCAGCUAGGUCAUUCAUAAUGUAUACCUAGAAAAAUGAAAUUGAGAAUGCCAAAAGAUCACUUUGAUUUGAAUCCAUCAUGCAGUGUGCAUUUAGUUAAUUUCUAUCACUCUCCAGGCAGGAGUAUAUACAAACAUUUAAUGUGCACUGUAUAUUGUUUUAUAUGAAUGUUUUAUUUUAUAUACCACAUGCAAAAAUGUCCAUAUGCACUAUUUAAAUGUUUUAAAUAAUAUAUUCCUUCUUUGUAAUGCUAAAUCUAUAUGAGUACCAUAUUUUUAUAAGUCAGUGGCCUGACUGGUUUCAUUUUAAAAUUAACAGCUGCUUCAUGAUAUUGGUUAUUCACUGUUACUGUUUGGCUGUGAAUAGAAUAGAUAAAAGUGGCAUGGCAGCACUUACGCUGUGUGACAAUAUUGUGUGUCAUAGUUGAGCUGUAGGUGGUAGAAUAAGGCAGUUUGUGAUAGUUUUACUUUGGUAUAAGUUAAAACUGAAUAUCUAUAUAUAAACAAUAUAUAGAUAUAUACAUGACUACCCGUAUAAUUGCAUUGAUGUCUGGCACUUCAUUGUAUAGACUUUUGUAAUAAAAGAACUUUGAUGUUCUAA